GGGGACAACAUAAUUGCGGUCUGUCAACUUAACAGGCGUAUAUUUUGGUGGAAAAAUAAAUUCGAGGAAGGAGAAAAACGCACUCAUUUUCAAAGAAAAUUCAGAAACAGUUCAGUCAUGGCGGGGUCAGAGAUACCAUGGAUAGAGGGAGUGGCAAAUCGAGGUAAAGAACUUAUUUUCCCAGGAAGACACGUGCAACAGCACGAGUGGAAACCAGAAUGGAAUCGUGAAUUUCGUAAACACUAUGACUACAUCUCAGAUUACGAAUGCCCUUUUCCUUACUCAAAAGAAAGACACGAGCCAAUUCUCAGCCAGACAAAAAAAGAAAAUUUGUGGGCUGCUAAACAGCAAAGAGAUCCAAUCCUAAUCGACUCUCUGGUUCAUUGCACACCAUUUCUUAACGUGAAGGGAAUAAUUUCAGAUAAAGGCUUUAAAGGCAGCGAGAAGAAGAUCAAUAAUACGCAAAAAGCUUAUUUGUCUUGGUGGAGUCCAUAUUUCAGCGAAGAUGUCCGCGAAAAUCUUCAAAAUCAAAUGCAAACGUUUUUCUCGCAAUUAGCCGAUGAUAAAAUCAACAACAUAAAUAAGAUUACAGAGCAGUUUGGAAAAUCCGAUGCGUUUCGUAUUGAUCCUUAUCGCGGUCAAGGGCAUGAAUGUGACUAUUAUUUUAAAUACUCAAUCGACGAGCUGCUUAAAUCUUAUCAAGACCAUAUUGGCGAUGAGAAGAUGGAAUUUGGAAUAUUGGGAACUUUUGCAUACCCUGUCAAAGUAGAGUACAACGUUCUCGUUUGCAGUGAAAGCGCACGGAAAGAUGAAUUUGCUGAAUACCCGCUCGUACCGCAAGAGAACAACGUCGUGACAAGAGAUAAAGAAGGCAAAUUUUGGUGGUAUCCAAAGGCUACUGGAACCGUAAUCAAGCGUUUUCACCCCUACCAAACUGAUCCAAAGUACAGACGUUAUGAUCGUGUAUCUUUUGCAUUUCAUGUGCGAGAAGGAGAGAUAUUUGAAACAGAUUGUGUGAAAGAUAAAGGCAAGAAAAUACCACGUGCAUAUUUCACAAGAGCCUACUCACGACGCUUUAUUUACAGCUAAAUUUAGUACCAAAAAGCAUCCCAUUUUAGAUUGUGAUGAAGAUAUAUUACGGUAAUCGUUCAGUAAAUCGUAGGCCAAAGCCACAUAAAAUGGUUUUGGUGGACAUCGCAUGAUAUCCGUAAUUCGUUUAAUUCGAAAAGGUUCUAAAGUAAAGCCUAGAUACUUAAAAAUAGUACUGUAAACUAAAUUCUUACACAAUGAAAAAAUAACUACUUUCUUUCCUUAGUGAAAAGACAUCGUAGUCGCGACUACGAAUUUUUUACAAAACAUGGUACUCAGAUUGACGGCUACGUGUUGUUGUUGUCGCAACAAUGUUUUUGCGCCAAAAUGACGUAAUUCGUACCCGUAGUCGUACCCGUAGUCGUACUCGUAGUCCUUGCUAAAGCUGGCUACUAUGCAUUCAGCAGACUACUCAUCAGGUGUUAACGUCGGCUAAAUAAGAAUUAAAAAUCAUGCAACAGUUAA